UUUAGUCCCAUGACAGAAAAAUUAAAGAAAAGAAAUGGAAACUGAAUCUAUUAGAAAUGCACAAAUAAUAAAAUUAUAUUAAGCACCCUACAAGUUGAGUAGCUAUAUAUACAUAUGUAAGUGAAAGGAAACUGAAGAAUUAAAGGUGAUCUCUCUUCGUUCACAAAUACAGAAGCAGUUAAGCAAACUCUCAAUAGAUCCACUGUUCUGAUAUUCUCCCUUUUCAUCAGUCAUAAUCAUGUCAAAGUCAAGAUUAGAAGGCAAGGUUGCUCUGAUCACCGGAGCAGCCAGCGGGAUCGGCGAGGAAACAGCAAAACUAUUCGCCAUAAACGGAGCCAUUGUAGUAAUUGCAGACAUCCAAGACGAAUUAGGCCAACAAGUGGUUAAAUCCAUUGGUACAAACAGAGCAAGUUACUUCCAUUGUGAUGUCAAAGAUGAAAAACAAGUAGAAGAUACCAUCAACUUCACUUUACAAAAAUAUGGAUCCUUAGACAUCCUUUUUAGCAAUGCGGGUAUAAUUGGCCCAUUAACUAGUAUCCUUGACUUGGAUCUAGCCCAAUUAGACACCACAUUUGCUACCAACGUUCGAGGAGUUGCAGCCACACUAAAACACGCGGGUCGAGCCAUGGUGUCAAGAAAGAUCCGUGGGUCUAUUAUUUGCACAGCAAGUGUGUCAGCUUGUCUUGGUGGUGUUGGCCCGAAUGCGUAUACUGCUUCCAAGCAUGCGGUUGUGGGGUUGGUUCGAGCAGCGAGUAGCGAACUAGGCGGGUAUGGGAUCCGUGUGAAUUGUAUAUCUCCAUUUGGGGUUGCUACCCCAUUGCCGUGUAAUGCAUAUAAUUUGGACCCGAGUGAGCUUGAAGCAAACAGUUGUGCAUUAGCUCACUUGAAGGGGAUUGUUUUGAAAGCAAAGCAUAUUGCUGAAGCUGCUCUUUUCUUUGCUUCUGAUGAAUCUGCCUUUAUUAAUGGUCAUAAUUUGGUGGUUGAUGGGGGAUUUACCGUUAGUAGUCAAACUCCUCCUACUUAAUCUAUUGAUGUAACAAUUCAACGUCAUAUGAUUCACUAAUUUUAUUGGAAACGCAAAUUGUGAUUGUCGGUUUAUUUGUAGGCUCUUUCACCAUUUUGAAUGAGUUGCGAAUACGAAAGCAAAUUAGGUAACAAAUUAUGUUAUGUUGAUCAAAUUUGGAAAAAAUUUAUACUUCUAGCUACUAUUGUUAUCUAUCAUCAAAUUCAUUAAACGUUUACUUUGAUCUUUUUGUUUU